AUGAAAACGUGUGACAUCUUCUUCCUCUACUUGGUGAUCAUUCUCCACUUCUCUGUUUCCUCAUCAUCACCUCUUGUUUUCCCUCUUACACACUCUCUCUCAACCUCAAAACACUCUUCCUCUCCUCUCCACCUCCUCAAGUCAUCCUCCUCCCGCUCCUCCGCACGUUUCCGCCGCCACCACCAUAAACACCAACAACAACAACACCAACUCCCCCUCCCUCUCUCCUCCGGCAGCGACUACCUCCUCUCCCUCUCCCUCGGCUCCUCCUCCUCCUCCUCCUCCAUCUCCCUCUACUUAGACACCGGAAGCGACCUCGUCUGGUUCCCAUGCCGCCCUUUCACCUGCAUCCUCUGCGAGUCAAAACCACCCUCCUCCCCCACCUCCCUCCCCUCCUCCGCCACCGCACUCCCCUGCUCCUCCCCCUCCUGCUCCGCGGCGCACUCCUCCCUCCCCACCUCCGACCUCUGCGCCAUCUCAAACUGCCCCCUCGACCUCAUCGAAACGCGAGAAUGCAAAAACUACUCUUGUCCUCCUUUCUACUACGCCUACGGUGACGGCUCCCUAGUGGCGCGUCUCUUCUCCGACUCCCUCUCCCUCCCUCCCCUCACCGUCGCCAACUUCACCUUCGCCUGCGCUCACACCACUCUCGCCGAGCCCAUAGGCGUCGCUGGCUUCGGACGUGGACGCCUCUCUCUCCCCGCGCAGCUCGCGCCUCACUUAGGUAACAGCUUCUCUUACUGCCUCGUCUCUCACUCGUUCGACUCGGACCGUGUCCGACGUCCGAGUCCACUCAUCCUCGGACGCUUCGCCGAGGAGGAGAAAGAGAAACGUGUCGAUGACUUCGUGUACACGGAGUUGCUUGAUAACCCUAAGCAUCCUUACUUCUACUCUGUUUCGCUCCAAGGAAUCUCCGUCGGAAAACGGAAUAUUCCUGCUCCGGCGAUGCUCCGGCGAGUUGACAGACACGGCGGAGGAGGAGUGGUGGUUGACUCGGGGACGACUUUCACCAUGCUUCCGGAGAAAUUCUAUAAUUUAGUUGUGGAGGAGUUUGAUAGUCGGGUCGGGCGGGUGCACGAACGGGCGGAUCGGGUCGAACCCGGUUCGGGGAUGAGUCCUUGCUACUAUCUUAAUAACCAGACGGUUAUUAGAGUACCGGCUCUUGUUUUGCAUUUCGCGGGGAACGGUUCCAGUGUUACGCUCCCCAGGAGGAAUUAUUUUUACGAGUUUAUGGACGAUGGGGAUGGGAAGGAGGAGAAGAGGAGAGUUGGAUGCUUGAUGCUGAUGAACGGCGGAGAUGAAUCUGAGCUACGAGGUGGGACCGGGGCGGUUUUGGGGAAUUACCAGCAACAGGGGUUUGAGGUUGUGUAUGAUUUGUUGAAUAGAAGAGUCGGGUUCGCUAAGAGGAAGUGCGCAUCUUAUUGGGAUACGUUGAAUCAGGGCUAAAAUGCGCGCGUAAUUACAAUCUCCAGCUUCAAUCUUUUAAAUAAGCCUUUAUGUGCGCUUUCCCGGUUUGGCAGGUUAACCGGAUGAUGGGUCUUAUCGAACAGUAAAUUAUGUGUAUUUAGAUGUACGUAAAAACAGCUGUAGCCUUUAAUAAUUCGAUGGACCUCAGAGUAUAUAAGAGUGUAUCAUGUAUGUAAGAGUUUUUGUAACUUUGUAGAUAUAUAUUUUUGCCAUUUUGAGUUUCGAACUU